CUUUGUCAGACAAUCACCUUGCCGACAGAGAUGCCAGAGAUGGUUCAAGAUAAGUACUCGGGCACCUAUUCUUCUCAUAGGGAAUCACUGGAUAUCAAUGAGCCCAAGAAUAGAGAGUCAGGAACUGUCCCUUCAGCAAGGCACUGAAGGUGAUCUUCUCGAUGAGCUGAUUAUCUUGGACGGGUUUCGAGUGGAUUUGUGAAUAUAUCGUGCGUAUGUUAUCCCACAGGCCACUUACCUCCUUCUCUCUUCCCUCAUCCAGAGAUCCCCAAUGACCAUCCAGACUAACAUCCCACGAGACCUUUCCGACCCCGACAGAACCGCCAUAUUUCAAAAUCUUGAUACUGACUUGAAUUCAAGGAUACUCUACUCUCUGCUGAAUGGGAUAUAUACCGGGAUUGUUGCCGUAACAUUGUGGAAUAUCUUUAUGGACAAGUCCCGGGCUGUCGGACGAGCCAUGGUCGUCCUGAUAAUACUCCUCUAUAUCGUUACUACCGUUGACUUCGCCCUUAUCAUGUCAAACAUCAACUCUGUAUUCGUCGAUCACGGACAGAGCUUUCGGACCGAAAACGUGUUCUACGAGAGUCCCGGUGUAUCGGCAAUAAUCAGCACGGGUGUAGCAAGUACCCUCUGUACGAUCCUCGCAGAUUCUACCAUGAUUUGGCGUUGUUGGACCGUCUGGGGUCAGCGGUGGCUGAUCAUUCUGCUUCCUGCACUCUUUCUUGUUUGCGCAGUCGUGUUUAAACUUCUUGGUGACUACGAAGACUUUACCGUCUCCAAUUCCUAUAUUCUCGGUUUCGUACUCUAUUCAUCCUUCCUCCUUGCUACGAACUUUUUAUGCACCUUCCUUAUCGUCUACCGCAUCAUCACUGUCGCUCGAGUAGGAGGGGGAGGGAGCGGAGUCAGAGCUUACCGGCGCAUUAUCGAAGUCUUGGUCGAAUCAUACGCUCUUUAUUCGAUGUCGCUGGUCUUAUACGUGGCGUUCUACGCUCGUGAUGCUUAUUUCGGGCCAUACUUUGAUAUACUAGCAGCCAUCGCAAGGGGAAUUGCCCCGACGAUCCUCGUAGGACGCGUCGCAGCAGGUCACGCCCGCCCAGACGACUCUUGGCAGGGAAGCGCGGUAUUGGGCUCGCUUCGCUUCGGGACGCGUCUCAGAGGUCAGAAUUCCACGAUGAGUGGAGACGUUGAAGCUGAACGGGAGAGACACGACAAGUAUGGCCACCGAUCCGUGGCCGAAUCCCAGGAAAAUAUUGACAUCAGCUCGGAGGAUGUCAUCGGUAAUAAUAGCCCCGAGGUUGAGUUGGAGAGACCAGCCGAUAGUCAUCUUAAUAAUGAGAAUGGCAUUCGUGGGGAUGCUCAGCAGGACAGUCCGGAGGGCAAUCUCAGUGGGAUAUUCAUUGUAUCAAGGGAUUGAUGAUAUUUAUGACCGUAUUUUGCUUCGAGUAUGCUCUAUUUGUUCUCUAUCACCACAUCGUUGUUCAAGUUUUUGUUUGUUUAUUGGAUUUGAAGUGCAUACAGGGGAAUUGCAAUUCAGCUCCCUCCAUUUAACG